AGAAGCAGUUUGUGUCCAGUAUUCGCUGCGUCUCGUGUCUCGUUCAUAUCUUAGUCCGUUUUAUGCUGAGAAUCGCAAUCUAGAGGAUCCGAAUGCUUCUAGAGUGGAUUGGAGAAAGAAGCCGUUGCUCUUUUGACUUCAUGGAUACGGGGCUGUAUGAUCCAGGAUAACACAGGUUUCAGUUGUAAUGCGUCUUUCGAUAGAACGAUAAUGAAGACAAGUGACACUUUGACGUUGGCUUUAAGCUUACUCUUCAGGAUGUCGUCAAAGCAACAUCCACGCAGUAUAUCUCCUGGAGUUCUUCUGGGUUCGGGGAGUGACCUGCCCUGCAUCUGUUGCGAGGGCAGCCGUCGAUGUUCUCCCAAUAUCCCUAUGGAUCCAAAUUGUUACGUCCUUCCGCUUCCAGUCGAUGGCUGUGACAGCCAUGGCCACAAUUAUAUGUCUGGGAAAGAUUGCGUUGGCGACUGCAGAGUGCCCCUGAUAGAUGUGAAAUUCUGUGAAGAAACUUCGCCGCUUGAGCUGGAACAGCAUCUCUUUGGGAAUUUGCGCAUUGAUAACGAAAGCAACAAGGGCAGGGUUGGUUUACAUGUUAGUGAAGAUAAGAGUAGGUUUACUGUAAAGGUCAUCGGCGAUAGUGAUGGGAUCUGUGAUGAUACGAAUAGGACAGAUACUGGGCAGAAGAAAGCCGUUGACUUCUACCUUGGAGAUGGAGAUGAGAAGCCGUUGUGUGAUGGCGUCAAUCACCAGCCGGCUGACAAUGGGGAAAUUUUCAAAUUUGAUGAGGAAAUGGUUGGAAGUAAAGAUGAAUAUGAUGAUGAUGACGACGAUGACGUCGAAAUAUUUCUCGAAAAUGCAGAUGACGAAGCUACCGAGGAGACGGACGAGGCCAGCUCCCCGGUGAGUGCCGGAGAGGUUCCAGAAUUUUCCGUAAAAUCAGUUCCUAGAAGCAAAGGCUCAUUUGGCUUCACCAGGGGCUCGACCAUUGCUCACCUGCUCCUCCCACUGCAGCCGCUGAUGACGGUAUUACCGCCUGAAGUUGUGAGCGAAGUGGAAGUUCUGCAGAAACUAUAUCCUGGCAUAUCAGAGGACUACCUAAGGACUUUGUGUGAAUUCGGACUCUUGGAGGAAGCCCCUCCUUCUGGAUCAACCACUCCAACGUCAAUCGUACCGCCAGUGCCUUCAUUUUCAGCUCGGAAAGCAUCGCUGGGUGGCCGCAGGGUAUCUCGUUGUUGGAGCGAAUUAUCCUCCGUUCAGAAUUCCCCUUACAAUACCAUUACUUACCAGUCAGAAUAUCGUACAACGCCCUCUGUUCGUGGUCUUUUCCUGACCACUCCGACAAACCCGACGCCCAUUCCAGCGCACAGCCCCAGAGAAAGGAAGAGAAGCCGAUUUUGGCUUCCCGGACAACUGAUUGAGGGUUCGGCUGAUUCGAACUAUUCUCAGCCGUCAUCUGAUCUGUCGUUGGACGAAGAAAGAGAAAACCUCAGACGGGAGACAGAGAGACAGGCGUUAGCGCAGCUGGAAAAGGCCAGGGGUUCACCUCGGGAAGGAGGAGGAGGAGGAGUCCGAAGAAGGACAGAAGGACAAGCCUUCGUCGCCCUCCAAGCUGCCAGGACGAAACCUGUGGCGUUCUCUGUGCGGACAAACGUAGCCUACGAUGGGUCUUUGGACGACGACUCUCCAGUGCACGGCUGUGCCAUCUCUUUCGACGUCAAAGACUUCCUCCACAUCAAGGAGAAGUACGACAACAACUGGUGGAUUGGUCGGCUGGUGAAAGAGGGCUCUGACGUCGGUUUCAUCCCAUCUCCGGUCAAACUCGAGAACCUGAGACUUCAGCAGAGUCAGCAGAAGACCUCAAAACUGUACACCUCGAAGACUUCUUCCUCGGGUAAUCUUGGUUUGACUAUUGAUGUCCUUUCCAAUAGCAAGAGCUCCAACUCCCGAGGCUCGACCCCUCCCACACCCGGACUUGAUCUCGACAAUGGAAUAGAUCUGGGCGAUGACUCUGAUUCGUUAGGGAAUUCCAAAGGAAAGACCUCCAUCACAACUCCGCCAGCUAAGGAGAAACGGAAGCCUUUCUUCAGGAAACCAGAGAAUAUCCCCCCCUACGAUGUUGUGCCUUCCAUGCGGCCGCUAGUGCUAGUUGGCCCUUCUCUGAAAGGCUAUGAGGUCACGGACAUGAUGCAAAAGGCGCUUUUUGAUUAUGUUAAGCACAGAUUUGAGGGAAAUAAUUACAGGGUGAUCAUCACUCGAGUGAGUGCUGAUAUCUCUCUAGCCAAACGGAGUCUUCUAAAUAACCCCAGCAAACGUGCACUUAUGGAACGAUCGAACUCUAGGUCUUCAUGUAUAGCGGAAGUUCAAGCGGAAAUUGAACGAAUAUUCGAAUUAGCCAGAACUUUACAGUUGGUGGUACUGGACUGUGACACAAUCAAUCAUCCUUCGCAACUUGCUAAGACUUCUCUUGCUCCAAUUCUUGUUUACCUGAAGAUAUCGUCUCCCAAAGUGUUACAACGUUUGAUAAAGUCCCGUGGGAAGUCUCAGAGCCGUAACCUAAAUGUUCAAAUGGUAGCUGCUGAAAAACUAGCCCAGUGCCCGCCUGAAAUGUUCGAUGUCAUCCUAGACGAAAAUCAGCUUGAAGAUGCAUGUGAGCACAUAGCUGAAUAUCUGGAAGCUUACUGGCAGGCAACACAUCCUCCUCUACCCCCGCCCCAGAUACAGCGACCUAUUCCAUCUCCCCAUACAAGUCCAAGAUCUAAUCACGCGCAAUCUAAUCUUAUGCGAACAAAUUCAACGCCUCCAGGUCCUCCCGGGUCCGUGGCUCGUGAGCCCGGCUACCCUCGCUAUCCGGAUGAGAGAGUGUAUCACCGGGGAGGGCCAACAGGACACGGGCCCCCAAGAACUCUUCCUUCCCGUGACAUUCGAGACAUGAGAGAUCCACGAGACCCUAGAGAUUUAAGAGACGAUGAAUAUGUGGACAGGCUUCCUCCUCAAGAUCCUGGUCUGAUGUACGACCGCCCGCCCGACCGACCAGCGGGCCGACGACAGCUACCGCCUACAAGAGAUGACGACUACCAUUCUCCACACCGACCCCCUACACGUCAAGUCCUUAAUGUGUAGCAUUUAGCCUAUGUUUGUAGCAGCUAGUGUUUGUUUGUAGCAUUUAUGACUACUCAUCUGUAGCCUUCGUCCCUCUGUUCAAUCCACACGAUGAAGAUUGUUUGAUAAUACAACUCUGCGUAUUCAUUCAUUUUCCCUCUUUAUAAGAGUUGUCAUUUUAUGGAAGGGAAUGUAUAGGCUAUAUUCAGAUAAUAGCUACUAACAUUCACUACUGUCGCAAUCUGAAACCUGUGCUCGUUUGAAAUACUUAGAAGAAAGACUUUUGAUACUUUUAUGGUGAAACCAAAUUAAAUUGUAAAGGACUAAAGGUUUCAGUCAUUUCUACUUUUCUUUAUAAGCUGUUUUAUCUCUUGGACAAGCACACGAAGGUGCAGCAGCUAGCAUAAAACAGAUACAUAGUGGGGCUCCUGAACUGUGCAUUGUGAUAGUCCACUUCUGAGGUUGCAAAAUAAAUGUUACCUAGCCCUUCUAAAGCAUAAUAAUAUAAAUAUAUAUAAAUAUAUAUACAUUAUAUAUAUUCCCCUUAUUCCCUUUUAACCCCAGCUGCCUUAUACAAAUAAUCCUUGUCAACAAAAAAUUUCUAAUAUUGGAGCCAUCCUGGAAAAGAAAAAAGUGCUAUACGAUCAUCUAUCUGUUCCUUGCAGCUGGGCACCUGGAAUGAACUCCAGUCACAAACUUUCAAUGAGGCUCCAGUUCCACUGUGUACCUUUAUUGCUCUCCAACAACAACCUGAGAGUAUAUGAUGGAUGGUUGUAGUCUAGAUCAUAGUAUAAAUAUUGUAAUACAAAGUUAAAAAUGGUUUUGGUGAUCCACAACCCACAUAUGAUAAGUCUUAUUUGUCUUGGCUCAUACUGUGCCACUUGUUUAUUGAUAAUAUGAGUUUCAUAUUCUGCCCCUAAGCCUUACGCAGAUAUUUUCUGGAAAGAUGUGAGGGCUUAACAUUAUAAAUACCAAUGUAAAUAUAGUUGGUUGUACACUAAGGAUCGGCACAUUAUCCUUUGCCCAAGUUGUUCUUAAAACUGCCUUUAACCACAGUAGUGUUGAUAUUACACUAGUUUUUAAUAUUUUCACUUUGUAGCUUGGAAUUAUCAAUUAUUUUAGGUUUAACAGUAAAAUUCAAUGACUCUUCACUUUUCAUAAGCCUAGUGAUGCAAAGUUAUUUUGCAUGUGACAGUAAAUUUUUGUGAAGUUCAAACUUUUAUAUGAACGUUUUUCUGAUUAACUGUAAUAUUAAAGUAUGGCAGCCUAGAAUAUUUGAACAGUACAUUUAGCGAUCGAUAUCCAGAAUUGUUCAUGCUGUUUUAAGGUCUAGAUCAGAUAAUCACUUAUUCAACAUGUUGUCAGUUACAAGUCGUUUCUGAAAGUCAAAUAAAAACAAUAGAAAAUUUAACGACAGCUGUCAAAGCUGACUUAGGCAUUUGUAUUUCUGUCAAUUCUUAUGAAAUCCCUGUCGCCAUUUAUGGCAAGAGCAUUCAUCUACAUGAGAUUAGUUGUAUUUCUUCAAAUCUCAUUUUUAAACAGGUCAGACAGAACUUACAGUAGUACUUGUGAACGCCAAACAUUGCAAAAGAGAAGUUGAAAUAGGAUAACACUGCAUUGCUCAGCCAUAAUUAUGAAAAAAAAAUGACAGUAAUGGCAUUUGAUUACUGUAUGUUUUUUUUUAUAAUUUACACUGUUUUACUUAAGUUGAUUUUCUGAAAAAGUAAAUCCACAUAAAAAAAACAUUGAUGGAAGAUAGGCCAAUUAAAGAAAAAGAUGAGAUUAGUUUGACAAUUCAACAAAGAUCAUGUACCCUAUCUAUGUAUUUUUCAUAAAGUAGAAAGCCAGAUCAGAGGAGUGAUAGCCAAUUUCUUACAGUCAUACAACUGUUCAUAUUUCUCUGGAUACGUAGAUCUCGUAACCUUGUUGAAAGAAUGAUCAAAUCAAACUAGUAAAUGACGGGUCUCUUUUCUGCAAGCUUUUGUGAAAAAAAAAUCUUUCUAAUAAUCACACCUAAUUAACUGAUUUUCCGCUUUGGAUCUCCUGCUUUCAUAAAGUAAUGGAAUUCAUGACAACAUUUAUUUGUUGUGCACUUUCUUAGGAUAAGACUUCUGUAUAAGUUCUCUAUAACUGAUGAAGAAUCUGAAUGGCUCCUACUUUGUAUGAAAUAAGGACUCUCAAAUUAUCAUUAUUUCUCAAGACUUUCAUCAUGUGCUCACCCUGUUGUUACUUUAAAUUAAAUAUAUUCAUGAUUCAGUGAUAUAGCUUUUCUUUAAUAUUAAUAUGCAAGUACUAUAUGUAUACACAUACUUAUAUACUACAUAUACAUAAAUGAAUUCAUGUUUUCUUAUCAUGUAGUGUUGAGUAGCAUAAAAUGUAUAUAUAUAUGAUCACUUGCAUCUGUACACACACAUUCAUAUAUAAUGUACAUAAAUGUAUUCAUAAUAUUGGCUGUUGUUGUUGAAUGAAUUAGGAAACUAUUAGUUUACAAGAAAAUAUAUUUUUAUCUCUAAACUUAAUGUACCACAUACAGUAUUUUACUGUAAUGGUGGUAAACACUAGUUGAAACUUUUGAGUAGGUAAGCAAGGAGAAUAUCUUAAUUAAAAACUUUACUAUGUACAAGGUAAUGUUUUGCAUAUUUCACAGAAAAUGUGUAUUGCUGGAGUAGGAAAUAUAAUGUACUAUUUUCUGUUGUCAUGACAACACUAAUAGCUGAUACAUGACAAAAGGAUGGCUUUAUAUGAACCAGGAAAUAGUAAUUUUUUAAGCACUUACAUUGUGGUGUAGUUGGUUGACGUAGAUAUUUAAAUUGGCCUAUUGUUUUAUUUACUGGUUACUGAUUAUCUGUAUGGAAACACUUCUUUGCAUUUCUUCUUUUCUUUUAAGUAAUUUCACUUGUAUAUUACUAUUUAAUUUCAAUAUACGUUUUCUAAAGCUGUAUUUGAUCAUCUCUUAGGAUGUGAUAAUAUAAGUUGGAUGUGUUUGUGGCCUAUACCAUUUACAAGAGUGACUAUACGAAACGUGAACCUACAGCCAUCUUAAGACAUUUUGUAUGCUCCACUUUUCAUAAACUGUUGAUCUUUUGGCUGUGAAGGCAUGCAAAAGGCAUCUUCAUUUAUUGAUAAUUAUUCCUCUUACUGUUUGAUGCUCAAUUUUACAUCAGAGGUAAAGUAUCCUUUACUGGCAUUUCUACCUGCAUAUCUUUAUGGUCUGACAGAAUUGGCAGUUUUUCCAGAAAACCAGACAUAUAACCUCAACAGAAACCCAAAAAAGCAGGAGAUCUAAAUCGUCUCUUUUGUUUAGUUGUAUUGUCACUGUCACUGUGAUCUUUCAGUCACUACAUAUAACAUUCUAGAUGGACUUCAUACUCAAAAUUUCAACACUUUGGACAGAAUUGACUCACUCAUUCUUAUAACCUUUUUUACAAUUCUCUGAAUGUUUGUGCCGAUACUUAGUAUGCUUUAACAAUCACUCAUGUUAUCCUUGCUUGAUAAAGCUGUGAUAAGUCAAAAUUUAGUAUUGGCUUAUACCAACCUUUUAGUUGACUACUAGUUUUUAUAACCAGUCCCAGGAGAUUAAAACCUUUGAAAAAUAUACCUCUGUGAGGUUGCUAAUAAUAAUAAUAAUAAUAAUAAUAAUAAAUAAAAUAAUAAUAAUAAUAAUAAUAAAACUUUUACACUUGGACCAAUUAAAUUACUCGAUACCAACAGUAACAUGGCUGACUGUCAAGGCUUGAUGAUAAUCUUUUCAUAAAGUGUACCACAAUGUGAUUGAUUAUUUUUUGUCACCAUUAUUUUACAAACUAACUACAGUGUUCUUCAAAAGAAAGUAAAGGAGUAUAAAACUGUAAAUGGAAAAAUAACAGUGUGCUGUAAUUUGUUUUAAAGGUUUCAACGUGCAUCAAUCAAAUUUGAUUUUGUUAUUGAAUAUUUGACCUCCAACAGACACAAGAGUGAUACUAUAGUUUACAUGAUUUCAGUUUACCUUUUAAAUACGUAUUGUACUUCGUUAAAAAAAAUCAGUGAUUAAGACCUUUAGGGGUAUAGCAUUAAAUGGCAUUUUAAAAAUGUACUAUUGUAGAGAAAAAUAUGACUUGUAAAAUCUAAAAGAGAUUAUGGAAAUUCUUUUUAUGCCAUAACUUAACAACAGACACCUUUAUAUGAAUCUGCAUUUUUUUACUAAAAAAUAUCUUAAUUUUGGGAAAUUUCUCCUCUGUAAUAAAUUUUCUCAAGAAAGCAAUUGACAUCUAGAUUUAAGUAAUGAUUCAAUCAAUCAAAGUAGAACCCCUAAAGACCGAAGAAUGUAAUUGAUGUACAAUGGUUAAAUGGGCCACAGUACAAAAUUUAAGAUGCACAUAGUCAGCCUUACCCCUGUAGCACUCCUAUGUAUGGCAAAAUUCUAAAACAGUGAAUGAACGGCUCACUAAAAUUUAGUCACAGGACUUGAUGCUAACUUACGUAUGUAUAAAUCUAGAUCUACUGACAAGUAAGCUUUACCAAUAUCUAGAACUCACGUGAUGUUUUAGAAUUUUGUUCCCUUCAACACAUAAGCGCCUCUUUCUUACAAUUACUACUCUGCCUCAUUAUAUCUCGAGUCCAUGGGCAAUUUUCUAAAGAGGAACUUGAAGUCAGCAUGAGCAGCCAAGAUCUAAACUUUCCUGCUUAGGUUUGAUGUCCGUGUCCAAAAUAGUUACCUAGGACUCACUCAGGAGUUGUUCCCUUGCGUCAUUUUUAAAGGAAAAAUAUAAACUCAAGAGAAGCUUUAGAAUUUUGCCCCAAAUGCUGUGAUUGACGGUUUUUUCCCUCUAGAGGGAAGAGUUUGUUUCUCUGAGAGCAUUAUCAGAGCCUAUAUGAAUACAGUAUCCUAGUAAUUUUCUUGCCACAACCAUCAUAAAAGCUAAUGUACAAACCUAGUACCCAUCAUGUCCUUUCCACAUAAUCCCUUUUAUUCUAAACAUCUUCUUCUUACAUACUACCUUCUAAAAACCAGUGAUCUCCAGAAGCUGAGAACCCCUUCUUCGUCUCACAGGUUAAUAGACUGAUCCGUGUUAAAAAUGACGACCAAAUGUUCGUUGGCUUUCUUUUAUCAACAAUAUGAUAAAGAACAUAAAAUAAAAAAAAGGCUUAACAUUUACAUUUUUAGAUGUUAUCAAACUGAUAUUUGGAAUUGUGAUAGUGAAAGAUACAGCAUCCAGACAUUUUCAUAUACAGUACUUUAUUGCAUGUUCUACAUAUUCAGCAGCCAUCAAGGCAAGAAAAACAAAAAUGUAAAUUCUCCUUUGCUGAAAAUUAUAUGAAUCAUGAAGCUGAUGUGUUAAUCUUAGCACUCGACCUGUUUUCCUUCAGAGGAUGAUGACUUUCUCAUAAACAUGUCCUGAACAUUGCCCACAAAAUAUCUUUGCAUCAUGAAACCUUUUUAAAAUUACACCAUUCUUUGACCGACUGUGAAUUAUGUUCCUGCUCUCAGAAACGGAACCCCAACUACCUUAUCUCAUAUUCUUCAAUGAAAUUUUUAGGUAUUCUAAAUAAGUAUACUCAUUUUAGUAUUUCAAAGCUUUCACGUGUUUUGUUUUAAUACAUCCUGCAAUGGAAUGCAAGAUGAUACCAUGGUGCAAGGGUAUUCUGUAUAAAAUCAUCCAACAUACAUUUUUUUUAUGAAGUGGAUUGUAAUCCAUCCUGUUCAAUAUUUUGCCAUCCCAUUAUCUGUAAACAGUAGCCUCUGGUUAAUAUGAUUGCUUUUGGUAGGUGUAUUUUACCUUUUUUAAUACAAGUGGCUGUAAAAUAUUGGGUAUAUAUGCAUGAAUGUUUGAUGUAUGAUGAGUUCUGUUUACAGAAAGCAUAUGGUAAUGUAACACAGCAAUGAUAUUAACUGGUCCUACUGCUGCAAAAAAUACCCUUAUGUAUUUCAUGAUCUAUGUACUUUCCCAGUCUACAAGUAUCUCCCCCAAAAUGUCUCAGACCUCUUCCCCUUCUUCAACAAACAAACCUCAACUCUUGGUCUUUUCCCUUACAAAUAGAACCUUUUACCCCUAAUGCAUGUACCACUCACAGACUACAUUUUGUUGCAACAAUUUGUAAAUAAUAAAACUUUUUAUCAUGAUGA